UGGGCUGCAGGGGGCAUCCUCAUCCUCACGAGGAAAAUCCACCCAAUGCCCGUCCUCCUCUCACACACGCCAUAGCGAAGAGAAGAGAAAGAGAGAGAGGAGUUCUGGUCUUCCCUCUGCUUCCAUAUCCACCAAGUCUCAACCACUCAAGUCAGAGGGGAGGAAAUCACAAGAGGCCGUGUGCGCUGCUCUUCCUUCUCGGUCUUCGCGUGGUUUUGUGGGGAUUUGACCGUGCUGAUACGAGACGGAUGUGCUGACAAAAGCGCCUGCCCCUGAAGUUGGAUACCGUGAACUGAGCGAAAGGUUUACUCUUACCUGGUAUCUUAAAGAGGAGCGCGGAAACGAGAUCGCGAGCCCCGUGUUUUACUGCGCUCGGAGCACCAUGAAGCUCCUGUGCUGGAUGGCGCUCGCGCUGCUGCUGGCGCAGACUGCACUGGCACAGCGUCGCAAACCUCGACCAAGUGAUGAUGAGAGUUCUGGAGAUGGACUUUUAGACGAUGAGGACUACUACUCUGGAUCCGGCUCUGGCUUUCCAGAUAUGGAUGUUAGACCUACUGCAGCAGGUGUGACUGUCAUUACAGAAGAGACCCUCCCACUUUCUACCACACACUCCACUGGCCCCGCCCCCUCUGCCUCCCCCGCCGUAGAGCCAAGUAGCCCACCUCCACCUGAGGUAGAACGUGAAAGUGGCUUGGGACAAGAUGUUGACGGAGAAAGCACAUCGGAGACGGAGAGGCAGGAGUUUGAGGAAGAGAAAAUGACACGGUCGAAGGAACAGGAAAGAGAACGGGAAUCUGAGGUCGGAAUAAGUUUGAAUAAAGAGCAGGAUGGAGAACAGGAACAAGAGAGAUCGAAAGCUACGGUUGCCCCCCGGCUGACUGAUGUUCCUGUAGUGUUCGUGGACACAUCCACCCUUUUGGGUGAGACUACAGUGGCCACUAGUGACCUGGAGGACAUCGUCACCACAGAAGAAGAGGACGAUAUAUACCUUACUACAGAGCCCAUCAUGUUUGAGCUAUCCAGCACACUGGGGACAACAGCAGAUGACAUCACAACCACUGAGGUCAUCCCCACCACCGCUGAGUCCACCACUGCUAAGCCAACCAGACCACGUCCUGCCCCGACCACUCCGAGCACUGCCCCGGUGCGCCCCCGGAGACCACACACUACCCCGAGCAGAGCCGCCCCCACUGAGAGCAGCACUCGUUCAGUGAUGACCACAACACAGACACAAACACCAGAUGAAACUGUAAAUAAUGAAGUUGCAGGACCAGGUCCAACUGAUGAUUUUGAAAUCCGCGAGAAUGAAGUUCGCCAAGGCAAUGAGGUCGGGACAGGCAGAGGGGCGACUGGCGUGGCAGGAGAACCAGAUCUGACUGGUAACACAGUAGAUGCUGCUGGAAGCUCAGCCGCUCAACUUCCACAGAAGAACAUCCUCGAGAGGAAGGAAGUUUUGAUAGCGGUGAUUGUCGGAGGUGUAGUCGGAGCACUCUUUGCAGCAUUCCUCGUAAUGUUACUCGUCUACCGGAUGAAAAAGAAAGAUGAAGGCAGCUACACAUUGGAGGAGCCUAGACAAGCCACCGUCACCUACCAGAAAGCAGACAAGCAGGAAGAAUUCUACGCCUAACAUCCUUACGUACAACCUGCUUUAUCUCUCCAACCUUGUCCCGUCUCUAUCUGACCCCCCUUCCCUUUCUUUUGAUAUCACCCCUUUUCCUUAGCUCCCUUUCUUCCCUCGUUUCCCCAUGAGAGUGCCUCUCAUUCCACGGACUUGGAACUUUCUUUUCCAAAAAAAAAAAAAGAAAACCUGAAAAAGAUAAAUGUAGAAAAAAUGGAAUAUGUUGUGGGGGGGGCCAGAGAGGCUGGGAACACAGAGAAGAAAAACUUUUUUAAGAACAUGUUAUUAUUGAUAUGUUUAGGAUUGUUGUUCUAUGAAAUUAUGACCUGAAUCUUUUUUUUGUAAAGACACUGCGUUUCAGACGUGUUUAAUGCACAACAUUAUGAGAUAAAAAAAAAAACAGCAUGAAAAAAUGAUGGAGAGGAAAAGAACACAGUUGGGGUCAUGGAGGGAUUGUGAAAGUCAGGUGAGAGGGAGAAAAAGGAGCAGAAAUAAGAGUUGCAUGGCAGAAGAAGAGGGGGAAUUUGGAGUCCGUACUCAAAAUGCUCUUCUGUCACCAAGGUCAGUGAUCCAACGUUGUGUGGUGCCUUCCAUUUCCCUGGUGCUAGAAACAGAGCUUGAGCAGAGCGAGUGUGUGUGCUUGCGCAUAUGUGUGCGAUUGUAUGUCUAAGGUGCCCUUGUGACCCCAGCCUAGACUCACACACACACGCACAGGUGCACACACUCGACCCGACUCCCUCUGCUGGAGAGAGCAUGUGUCAACACGACGGGACCGUCCGAUGGGAGCAGGGAGCCCGAAACAUGUACACAGCACAUUAAAAACACUAAAGAUUUGCUGUGAGGGAGCGCAUGCAUAGAAUCAUAGGACUAGCCUCUCCUCUGCUCUGUAUAAAGAUUUUAGUAAUCAUUAGUAAUAAUCAAUUGUAUAUCAGCAGCUCUGGAUGGAAGGAAAAUGGUGAUCAUAAUAUUCGUAGUGAAGGAUAUUAUCUAUUUAGCUGUGCAGUAAAGUUUUAUCGGUGUAAAUAUCAACACAACUUUUUAUUUUUGUCAAGCUUUGAACCAUGCUACUGUAGUCAAAAUUAAACUCACAGAGACAUAUGCUAUCGAUAUCCAAUUUGUUGGCAGUUUAACCUGGAGAAAUGCUGAAACCUUUGCUCAGGUUUAGUAUUUUACCGUAGUUAGUCAAGCGUCUGGUUUUGUUUUGAAAGCUCAAGGUUAGUGUCUCAUGGCCACAUUCACUCGCAAACGGAGAAAUUUCCACUCGCAUACAUGCCACACAACAACCCCUGAUGAACGGGCAUGCUCAAAGACGGAUGUUGUAGGAAUGUGUUGAUGAAGAACUUGUGGGACAUUAUUGCUGUGGGUGUGUGAACGUAAAUUUAAUGGUUUGGGAGAAAAAUAGCUUGUUUAACGUAAUGAUAUCUGAGCUGAAAGCCUUUAAGCAGUGCGAUUUCAGUGAUGGUCAAAAUUACUGUCACUUUUUCCUGUUUUAUUUGAUAUUUAUACGUCGGGAUACAUUUAAUCCAUAAAAAACGAAAUGACUACAAAUGCAUGAAUUAGCAAUAACAAGCUAUCAACAGCAGACUCUGUGGUUGACAUGCUCAGAAUGUAUGUGACAUGUCAUGUGGUGUGAUGUCAGUGUUACUCGCAGCUGUAGCACAAGAUGUUAGCAAACCGCUAAAAUGACGACAACUUGUCUGAAACACAUAUCAUUUUAAAUAUCUGAAAAUGUUAAUGUACUAUAUCAAAUCUGGGACGGCUUGGGCACAAUAUCAGCACUCCGGUCCCCGAAAUUUCCUUUUUAUAUCCACAGUAAUAGAGACUUCUACCCACCCGCAUUUAUAAAUAUAUCUCUGAGGGUAAAGCUGCCAUAACACUGAAACAUGACAUCAACUAACGCUUCCUGGUAUAUCACAAAUCAUGCGUUUAGAAUGCAUGGUGAUUCAUUUUUUUAUGUGACAAAUCUACACUCAAGAAUAUUCGACCGAAUGGGUGUACUAGAGCACAUUCAAGAUGCCACAAUGUUCUCUAUGGAAUAUUUUAGGCAAGUGGGGGAAAUCUUGAUACCCAUACGGGUUGCUUGUAUUUCAGUCUUAAGAUUGUAAUGUCACACCUGUGCAACAGUACCUGUAGCUUGAAUAUUGUACUCUGUAUGAUCAUGUCCUGACAGUGUGCGUAUGUAUGUCUGAAAAAUGGCUUGUUUUAAUGCAUCUCUAAAUGUGUUUCGGUCCCCGAUAGUUCUUCCGUUGUGGGGACAUAUUCUGCUCUCCCUGCACUUAAAUUGCUAUGUGACACUGACUGCACAAACACACAGAACAUGUUACAUAGCCUCACGGCCUCGGCCUUGUGAAUAGGACCCAUAUUAAUUUCCAACCCAUCACAGCACAUCUUUAAUUAAAUGACUAUAGUAAAGGCCAGUCUCCUGGACACUGAAUAAAAGUUACAGACCGAGUUACAGAUAUAUAUAUAACAUUACUGUUUUUCAAAUUUUUACUUUGUUUUCUGUUUUUUAAUAUUCAUUCUACUGAGCAAGUACACCAUCUAGUAGAUAUCUAUAUAGCAACAAUGCCAUUAUACCACACUACGUAUGUUCACAUGUAAAAUAAAGACUUUUUACAUAAAACAAUGAGAAACAUGAAACAUUUUAAGCUUGAGACUUAGACGUAGACUAAAACAACGAUGACAAUUAAUUUGCAACUGAAUCUCAAAUGAAAAUAUAUAUAUAUAUAUACUGCAAAAACUAUGCAAUUAUUAGUAUUUAUAAUUAUUGAGAAAAUAAUAAUGCAUAUGUUUUAAUUGAAUUAUUUUGUCAAAAAAUUAUAUAAAUGGUCAUUAAAAAGUGAAAUAAAUUAACAUUCAUAAAAAAAAAAAAAAAAAAAAACACUUCUCAUUAGUUCAGGAUUUGUCUUCAGUUGUGUCCAAGAGACUGGCUUUAACAAUCAAUACUCAAAACCUUAGCAAUCAUUAGUGUCUAAUUGGAAUAUUGACGUAAAAUAAUAAUCAACUGCUUACAUGCUAAACAUAUAGUUGCAAGCCUACAAUUAGUAUGUGAAUUUCAGGUAUUAAGACAUGAUGAUUGUUUAACAUUUUUUGUAUAAAUAAAAAAGCUGCCGGAGGUUUAAUAUUUUGAGCAUUCACAGCUUUCACCCCACUACUCCUACAAUCUAAUCUUGUUAGCAACACAUUCACGUGUCCUGGUGAAGCCCCCACCUCCCAACAACAAACAUGCACCUGUCCAUUGAGGAACGUCUGGAGGUCACUGUGUGUUAAUGUUAUGGACAUCAGUGGAACUUUGAGUUUGCAUUGCUGUCUUUUCUACGCAUUUUUACCUGUCACCUCUCACUUUCUAUUCAUAGUCAAAUAUGAGGCGGGCCUUCCUGUGUCUGUGUGCCAAUCACAGACCAGCAUGGUCCUGGUCUGAGGGUUGCCCAGCGUGGUUUUAUACAUGCACAUUUUUUUUAAAGAACUUAUGUUUUUCUUUGUUUUUCUAUUGUAUUUUUUUUUUCUCAUUGGUUGAUUUGUGUAUAAAGAGGCAAAGUUCUGUCACUAAUAUGCCACUCUAUUCUAAAUAAAACCUGAUUGGUUA